UGUAAACUUAUUUAUUAUAUUUAUAUAAUACAAAUUGCAUGCAGAUGGGAUUAAGAAAUGAUCCAAGAAGAGGCCAGAAUACACUACACGGCAGUUAUCAAAUUUGGCUACCAGUUAUUCCAAUCCAAAUAUAUAAAAAUCCAAGAGCCCCGGCUCUCUCUCUCUCUCUCUCUCGAGCGGCGAAGACUUCAAGUUCAACGCUUCUCUCGUUCAGUCCAAAGCCCCCCUCCCAUAAUCCCAUUGCACACACUUGACUAGCUCUCCUCGAUCGUCAUGUCUGCUGGAGCAGGAGCUGGAGGCCAUGGUGGGGGCCUCUACGGGGAUCCUGCUGCCGCUGCCGCCGCCGACCACUUCGCCGCCUUCGACCACGACGACUUCUUCUUCCAGAGAUCGCCGUGCGCCGGCGAAGGAGGCGGCAGCGGCGAUGGGCUGACGACGAGCAUCACGGACUACCUGCAGGGCUUCCUGGACCCCGCGGGGGUGGGUGCGCACCUCGACGCGCCGUGCCGCUUCGGCGACGCCGCCGUGAAGCAGGGAAUGAAGAAGGUCACCGUGCAGUCGGUCCGCCCUGACGGCCAGGCCGGUGCGCCGGUCACGCCGAACUCGUCGGUGCUGUCGUCGUCCAGCUGCGAGGCAGGAGGUGCCGACGAGGAGCCGCGUCGCCGGUCCAAGGCAGGUAGGCCGGAGGAGGAGGAGGAAGAGGAGGAGGAGGAGGAGAUCGAUGGUGACGAGGGAUCUGCCGCCGAUCGGAACUGCAAGAGGAGCAAAGAGAAGAAGGCGAGAGGCGAGAAGAGGCCGCGGGGGCCCCGCGUGGCGUUCAUGACCAAGAGCGAGGUCGACCACCUCGUGGACGGCUACCGGUGGCGCAAGUAUGGCCAGAAGGCCGUCAAGAACAGCUCGUACCCGAGGAGCUACUACCGCUGCACGGCGGCGCGGUGCGGGGUGAAGAAGCGGGUGGAGCGCUCGCACCAGGACCCCUCCACGGUGAUCACCACGUACGAGGGGCAGCACACGCACCCGAGCCCCGCCAGCCUCCUCAUCAGGGGCGGCGGCGGCGGCGGGGCCUACGCGCCGCCGCCGCCGCUUGCUGGGCUUGGAUUCCGCCCCGACCUGCGGGCGAUGAUCGACAACUGCCCUCACGCCACGCGCAUGACGACGCCCGGCAGCUUACUUCUACCUCCAGCAGCCGGCGGCCUGCUCCAGCCGACGCCGCCUCGCGUACUUCAGGAGCACCGCCGCUCGUCUUCGCAUCUGGGUGGGUACGGCGGCGUGCUGGACAUCAUUCCGUCGGAGCCGGGCAGCGAGCGUGCAUGAGCAUUGCUGAUUUUUCCAGGCCGGCGUAUAGAAGUACUGAAAUGAAGUGUUUCUCUUUCUUUCUUUCUUUCUUUUUUUUUCUGAGGUGAGGCUUGAGUGCAAUGGAAAUGUAGACUGAGAUGAAGUAUCGCACGAAUGGUUUCAUAUGUAGGCGUGUAUGCACCAUCUGAUAUUGGCGCCUUCAAUUCCGUUGGACUAAUUAAUUACUGCAUUAUUCUAAAUUUAUUGGUCAAUUUA